AUGGUCGAUGUGAACAAUCCAUUUAAUAAAGAAUUUAUUGUUUUAAAUGAGACUAUUCGUUCUUCUUCGUCGAUAUCAACUAAUCAUAAAUCUUUGACAUCGAAAGAAUUACAUAAAUACAAAGAUUUAAUCGAUCUAUUAUCACGUAAUAAUACGGGAAAUCAUUUUUUGAACAAUAAUAAUAAAAACGAUAAUAAUAACAACAACAACAACAACAAUAAUAAUAAUAAUAACAACUUCAUUGUAUCUUCUCAGUCUGUGACAGAUGAUGAUUUUUCUCGUCUAAAAUUGUAUGUAAGAAGCCAAAUAUGGCCUAUUGAUCAUCACAUUCGACGACAACUAUGGAUGAAUAUUCUGACAUUAACCAAAGUUACAGUAAAACAGCAUCCUCAUUCACAUAAUCGUUCAUCUGCUCAAAAUUAUUCGACAAUACAAGCUAUUACAUCAGCAUCAACAAUAAUGAUGGAUAGUUUAACAAAUACUGAUCAAUCAAAUGCAUUUUCAAGAUCUUUAUCGAUUGCUCAACAACGACUUCAGCAAACUAUGCCUUCAUUUGUCGAUAUUUCAAAUAUAUGUUUCUACCAUUUAAAUGAUUUUGGUAAAACACAAUUACAAAAAUUAUUAUUUACAAUUUCAUUACAAAAUCCAGAUUUAACCUAUUGUCCGUUAUUACAACCAAUUGGAUGUUUAUUACUGCAUUAUUUACCUGAACACGAAGUAUUCUAUUUAUUAAAUAGCCUAUUGCAAAAACGUCAACUAAUAUGUGAAACAAGACUGCAGUUAGAAGCAUCAAUUCGAGUAUUUAAAAAAUUAUUCAAAAUAUACUACGUAAAAUCUAAUUUUUUCGAUACCGCAGCAUUUCUAUUGAAAACUUUCAAACAAGAUUCAUCUAGUUUUCAAUCAGUGAAUGAAUUUUGUCAACAAAUACCCGUAUCGAUCGAACAUCUUUUACAUGUUGCAUUUCAUAUUCGAAAUUUAAAACGUCGUACAAUUGAUGAAUUAAUUGAUAAUGAAGAAAAAAUUUUAUUAGCAAAUCGAAAUCAACCUGGUGGUGUACAAAUAGCUCAAAAUAGUAUUCCAAAUAAUAUAAACAAUCAUCAAACAAAUAAUGAUUCGCAUGACGAAUAUAUAAAUGUUGUUAAUAAUGCUUAUAAUUUAACACGAAUACCAAAAGAUACGAUUCUCGAAUAUAAAUAUUUUCUUACUCUUUGGAGCUGGUUACCACCUCGACUGAGUUUAUCUCAACCAGAAUUAUUAUUUACAACUCAAGAACAUGGUUGUCGUUUACAAACAUUAUUAGAUAAAAUAAAUGAUACAGAAUAUUCCAUUAUGAUUGUCAAAUCAACGAAUGGAGAAUUAUUUGGGGCAUUUUGUUCUGGUCUUUGGUCUUUGCGUCAUAAUAAAAGUUAUUUUGGAACUGGUGAAUCAUUUUUAUUUACUUUAUAUCCAAAACAAAUUAAAUAUCCAUGGAUUGGAAUUAGGCGAGCAUCAGAAGAGGCUCAUCAACGAUUUUCAACAACAACUGACAAUAAUAAUAGUAGUCAUAUUAGUGCAAUAAAAGAAUUAUUUUUAUUUGUUAAUAAUGAGAAAAUUUCCAUCGGUGGAGGUGGUGGAGAUGGAUUGUCCAUCGAUUGUUCAUUGUGUGAAGGUCGAACAAGUCGUUGUGAAACAUUCCAAAAUGAACCAUUAUGUUCAUCAACAUAUUUUACCGUAUCGGUAUUAGAAAUGAUUGGUUUUAGUUCAUCGUAG